AUGACGUUAAAGAGCUUCAACCCAACCACAACAAAUACAGACAACUUACAUGCUAACAUCACCGAGACUCAUCCUGUACACCCUGAACAUGAGAUGGUUGACAACGAAUCUGUCUCCGUGGUACCCGCUCAGCUUGGGUUUCUAAGCAUCUACAACCCCUCAUUGGGACCGACAGACGAGACAAUCCAAGAUCAGAUCGUGUUCUACUAUUCAUCGCAUACCACUCGCUCGCCACAGAAGGAAAAUGUCUCACCACUGCCAGGUGAAUAUAAGGAUGGCACAAACGAGAGGUUGCGCAAAAUCGGCCUGGCGCAGGGCAUGGUAAACUUCGCAAAAAAUUUCUCCAAUGGACAGCCUCUCGAUAGUGUAGAGACUGAAAAAUCAAGGAUAGUUCUUUAUGAACUUGAGAGUGACUGGUGGAUUCUCGCUUCGAUAGAUCUCACAAGGAUUAAUUCCUCUCGUACCGCAAAUGCUUCGUCGGAAGCUUCCACGCCAGCAAUUGAGUAUUCCUCUCGGGAGGUAUAUCCUCCUCAUUCCCUAAUCCAACAACUUCGACGAGCGCAUUCAAUAUUCCUCCUACAUCAUGGCAUAUCUCUGGACAAUCUCUAUCAGCGAGUGGGCAGAAGCUCCUUUUGUAAACUCCUCAGUCGUUUCUGGACCAGAUUCAUACGGCACUGGCUCGUCUUACUCAAUGGCAACCCAGCUACAGAUCUAUUCAACGGCGUCAAGCUAGCCGUUGGUGGCGAACUUGGUAUUGGCGUGGGAGAAGAAGAAUGGGGCAGCGGUGAAAGAGAGGUCCUUGAAGACUAUGUUGCUCGUACGCAUGGUCUUGUUGACAUGGUAGUCUCUCGGUUUGGAGAUGCGCCGAUGAAAAAAGGUGGUCCAGAAUCUCGGAUCUGGCUUGGGACAGGUCAGGCACCGCGGCCGUCUGACGGGGUCAUAUUCUCCGGUGUCGGUGCUAUCUCACGGCAGUCUUUAGCAAGUAUAUCCCACUGGAUGGAGUGGAUCUACAAAUAUGGCGAAGCUACGUAUGGUGUCGAUGAAAACCCGAGCUCUGCUCGCUCACGCAAACGAAGGAAGGCUAGACUCAAUGCACAUCCUGCUGCUACAGCAUCCUCGCGACGAAGUGGCUCAAGAAAAAGGUAUUCAAAAUCGCAGACGCCAAGCGGCAGAACAUCACCUGGAAUACCACCACCAUUGGUCGUGGGAACUCCUCCCGUUCCUCCGCAAGCAACCCAAAAAUCAGUCUCGGAGGAUCAACCAGCGGAAGAUAGUGCAAAUGGUGCUGAAACAUUGAUGAAAUAUCUCACAUUGGGAUAUGGCUCGGCAUGGAAAUUUCCCGGUCUUCCGGGGAGUGUGUCUGAUGAGCCUGCAAAGGACAAUAUUGGUAAUGAAGCUUCUCAGAAAUCCACAUCAAAGGACCGUGAUGGCGAUGAAGCACAAGGGAAAUUUAUUAUUGGUCUAAGAGACAACCUCGAAGAAGAUUUAUCUGAUGAUGAGGGCAAUGUAGACGGAGCUAUCCUUUCAUCCCAAACACAAGACAAGGCGAAGAACAGGCGUACUUUGCUACGAACACUGCAAGUCGAACUGACGCAGUCAGCUACGAUAAAUCACGACCAAGAGCAACUAGAAACUCCAGAAGAAUCAAAUCACAAGAAACUCCAAGUCUUAGUCUAUGUGCAUCGACCGUUUAUGUUCACGUUCCUAUUCGAUCUCCACACCCCCUCGCUCUCUCUACCAUCCUUCUACCGCAGCAUCCAUCAUCAACUAGGCCCCCUACAACGGCCACUCUUAUCCUCCACAUCUCCAGACAACGUCUCUCGCAGAAUCUAUCUCGCCGAAGACUGUGACGCAUGCAAACAAAAGCGAGCCUCUUCUUCCGCAGCCCACAGCAACAAUAACCACAACAACCCCAUAUAUGAUCUCGUAUAUGAUCCCGGAAGCUUCGCCGUUCGUUCGUCCAUUCCCAACAUCCCAGAACCAGGCAUAGCGUUCGAGCCCUCUUCCUCCCGUCGAGAUGCCACCACCACCAUCAUUACUACUGCUACUCUCCCUCCCUGGUCCCGUGUCGAAGCACUCAAUGUCCACAGCCAAUUCCUCUCUACGUACGCAGACACUCGAACACACCCAUUAGAAACAGAACGGACAUGCAAAACCAGUCGAGGAUGGUGGCUAAUCUGGAUGCGAAUCCGCGACUACCCGCAGCAACAACAACAUACACACGAUAGUGACAACGACAUGAAAGAAGCCUUCCUAAUCCGAAAAGCCUCCGAUGCCCCUGGUCCAUAUGCUGCCGGUGGCGGUAGCGUCAGACACUCGCGCGAUGCGAGCAGCGGAGUCAGAUUUCUGCGAGAUUUAAGCGGAGCUUCGUCAUCAUUGGCGUUGGGGAUGGGGUUGGGCGAUAACACUUCGUCGCCUGGAAAGUUGACUGAGGGGCUGGGGUUUGAUGCUCGUCGGUAUAUUGAGAGCUUGUUGAGGUUGAAUCGAUAG